CGUGAUUAACUUGGCAGCAGCAGACCCGUUCAGAUCGAGGACCCGCGCGAAGACGUCGACAUGACCAUCAACACUUCAAGUCAAGCGGUGAACACGAGGGAGCAGAUGCCGUGCUUUUCCAAGAUGGAGCGGGUGAUCAUCGCGAUGCAGGACCCCGACAUGGGAGUGAAAAUGCGGAACCAGCGCCUUCUCAUCACCGUUAUCCCGCACGCGAUGACAGGGCAGGACGUUAUUGAUUGGUUGAUCAACAAAUACUCUAUCUCAGACGAAGAGGCCAUGCAUGUUGGAAAUCUCUUGGUGAGGUUUGGCUACAUCUAUCCUCUGAAAGAGCCAAGACUACUCAUACUGAAGCCUGACGAGUCACCAUACCGCUUCCAGACUCCAUAUUAUUGGAUUUCAUCCCGUUGGCCCGCCUCAGAGCUUGACUAUGCAAUCUAUCUAGCCAAGAAGAAUAUUCGGAAACAGGGCCAAUUGAUUGAAUAUGAAAAGGAGAACUAUAAUAUGCUCCAUAAGCGAAUAAAUCACACCUGGGACUUUGUAGUGAUGCAGGCCAGGGAACAACUCAGGGCAUCAAAGCAUCGGAGGAAGGCUGAUCGCAUUGUGUUGGAGUGUCAAGAGCAGGCCUUCUGGCUUGUCAACAGACCCCCGCCAGGGCUAAUGGAUAUUUUGGAAGAAGGACCAGAGAGAAAAAAUGGACAGAACUCACGAGUACAACUGAAUAGUGACUUUUACAAGAAGGAGAUUGAACUGAACCGAAGGGGUCUGGGCCGGAACCGAGUGAAGUCUUCCAUUUGCCUUGAGAGUUAUGUCAAGUACAGUGAGCAGUACCAGGACCAUGACCCCAUCAUGCAGGGGUGUCUCCCUAGCAACCCGUGGAUCACUGACGACACUCAGUACUGGAGCAUGAACGCAGAACAGGUUACCAUGCCUACAAAGCUUCGAGUGGAACGCUGGGGAUUCAGCUUCAUGGAGCUUCUGAACGAUUCAAUGGGACGGCGAGAACUCAUGACCUACUUGGAGAAAGAAUUCAGUGCGGAGAACUUAUGUUUCUGGCAGGCCUGUGAAGACGUGAGGCAUGGAGAGAGCUCCAAGAUCAGCAGCAAAGUGGAGGAAGUGUACAAGAUGUUCCUGGCGCCGGGGGCAAGCCGCUGGGUGAACAUCGACAGCAAGACGAUGGAAAAGACUCUCGAGGGCAUCAAGCGUCCGCACCGCUUCGUACUGGACGACGCCCAGCUCCACAUCUACUUCCUCAUGAAGAAGGACUCCUACCCUCGCUACCUCAAGUCUGAUCUGUACAAGAGCCUGCUGGCCAAAGCCGUCGUCCCACAAGAGACCAAGAAGAGUGUGUUUCCAUUCAUGCGGCGCCAGCGCCACUCAAGCCCCUCCCCCGCGAUGGUGACUCACGCAGGAGAGGAUGAUGGGAAGGCACAGUCCUCCAGGCAGCAGCAGCAGUCUCAGGCCUAACACACACACAUACACACACAAACACCCACACACACAC